AUGCGCUCCUCGCCCUCACUUCUCUUUCGAGCUGUAAGAGCUCUUCAACAUGAAAAUCCUUUGGGUCUUCCUCGAUCAGGCACUCCGCCAAGCUGGCCAAAACGGCCGCAGAAGCGGAAGAUUGCUGGAGUAGACAAGGUCAUUGCGGUAUCUUCCGCCAAAGGUGGUGUUGGCAAAAGCACCGUCGCCGCAAACCUAUCACUGGCCUUUGCUAGACUAGGGUACCGCGCCGGAAUACUAGAUACAGAUAUUUUCGGCCCAUCCAUUCCUACUUUGUUCGAUCUAUCAGGGGAGCCCAGGCUAUCCAACAACAAUCAACUAGUACCCUUGACAAAUUAUGGCGUCAAGACAAUGUCGAUGGGCUAUCUAGUGGGAGAGAGUGCCCCCGUCGUGUGGAGAGGGCCAAUGGUUAUGAAGGCAAUUCAGCAGCUUCUUCACGAAGUAGACUGGGGUGGCUUGGAUAUCCUUGUUUUGGAUCUGCCUCCCGGCACAGGAGAUACGCAGUUGACUAUUACUCAGCAAAUCAUCUUGGAUGGAUCCGUCAUCAUCACUACACCACAUACUUUGGCAACAAAGGACGCAGUCAAGGGCAUAAACAUGUUUAAAACAGUUGGCGUCAAUAUCCUCGGCGUGGUCCAAAACAUGUCUCUGUUUAAUUGCCCACACUGCCAUCAGGAUACUCAUGUUUUUGGAUCGAACAAGAAGGUUGAGAAGCUGUGUCAAGAGCAUGGGAUUGACUUUCUAAGAGACAUUCCUCUUCAUCCCAACAUUGGCGAUGACGGGGAAAGGGGGAAGCCGACAGUCGUCUCUGAACCAUCCAGCGAACGAGCAUCAGCCUUCCUAGAUAUAGCUAGAGCUAUUUGCCCCAAGAUUGACCUGAAGGAGGUUGGGAGCCAUAAUCACUAA